AUGGACGAUAAUCCUACACUUACCAAGCAAUCACGGAGUCGGUCUCCAUCACCACCUUCACAAGAAGACCGAUCCUAUCCAUCGUCGCCUUCACCGGUCGUCACAUCCAAACUAGGGUCCAAUGGAAAAUCACCCACGAUAGGACCUGCCACCAUCUCGAUUCCUAUCACCAACAAUGAACCUAAGACGACGACGACGACGACUGUGGCAGCAGUGAAACCAAUAGGAUCACCACGAGCAGGGAACGCAAAAGGAAAGACAGUCACAAUCGCUCGUACGUCCGCAACCAACCCAGCAGCAGCAGCAGCAACAACAGCAGCAGCAGCAGCAGCAGCAACAACCAAUACAAAUAGCAAUCAGUACUUGCUACGACAACGUGCAUCGCGAGCCGCUCGAGCCAGAAAAGGUAAAAAUGGCGGUCUUCUAUUCAUGGUGGCUUGCUUUGCCAUUUAUAUUUGGAACAUGCAGAAUGGCCAAAUGGGACAAUUUUAUCAAUUGGAUCAAGAAUUACGACAGGCGGCACUAAAGUCAGAAGAAGCCAUUGUCGAAUCGCUGACCAGCACCUCGCACGUUCCCUUUUCGGCAGCCUCCAUUGUUUGUUUUUUACUCUUGACACUGCAAUGUGGCAUCCAACCCAUUCUCGUCAAGUUCUUCAUGCCAGAAGACCUCAUUCGAAGCACUUGCGUCUUGGGCCAAGAAAUGGCAAAAUUUAUCAUGUCCAUUUCCUUUCUACUGGCAAGUGGCAACUGGAGCGAAGCCAUUAACGAAUGGACUUGGGAAUCGGCGUGUUUGGCGGCCGGUGUGCCAGCAGUCAUUUUUACCACCCAAACCUAUUUGAAUUUAAUGGCCAAUCAAGUACUGCCACCUGUGACCUUCUCCGUCUUGAAUCAAACCAAGACGCUAUCAACAGCCUUUUGCUGCUUCAUCAUUAUGGACAAGCCACAGAGUCGAUGGCAAAUUGCGGCGUUAUUGUUGUUGGUGAUUUCGGCCUUGGUGAAUCAAAAAAUAUUGCCACUGCCUUGCGACAAGAAAGACGACGAUGAUAGGGAAAACGACUUUGAGCGACAAGGGAGCAAUGACGAGCUGAGUCAGGACAGUACUUGGGACGAAGUCGAUAAGCGGCAACUCUUUGGGGGCGUUGUGCCAGCCUUGUGCGCUAGCUUCUUGAGUGGACUGGCUGGAGCCUUGACGCAAAAGACAUUGACACUUCAUGCUCGGAGUCCCCACUUGUUCAAUUUGGAAUUGGCGGUGUUCUCGUCUCUCUUUUUGUUGACAACCUUGGCCUUGGGAUCCCCCGAUUCUCGUCUUAUUCGAAAAAAGGGAUUAUUGAAGGGGUGGACCUGGAAAACGACUAUUCCUAUUGCAACCAAUGCAUUUGGAGGUAUUCUGGUGGGUCUAGUGACCAAACAUAUGGGUGCGGUAGUCAAGGGAUUCUCUACCAUUUUUGGAAUGAUCCUUUCCGGAAUUCUACAACAAGUACUAUUGUCAAAUCGAGGGGAACAAGUGACAUGGGCACAGUUUGUUAGUGGAUGUAUUGGAGCCUUUAGUCUAUGGAUGCAUACUGCCAACCCUCCUUGA